CUCACACACCCGACGCUGCGCGGGCGUCACGCAUCCACGUCUGCGCCGCCGCGAGCGCGCCCCACGCUUCUCCCACCACCACAUCCCACAUCGCUAUGCCCUCCUCCGGGCUCGACGACACGCCCGUCGCGAGCGCCGCGCCGCGCUUCGCCGGCGAGCCGCUCACCGCGGCGCGCGGCAUCGACGAGGAGCAGGCGCCGGCGCUCGAGCUGCCGCUCCUCGCGCACGGCCUCGGCCUCGAGUUCAGCUUUGCCAACCGCACAGAGGCAUCCGGCAGCAGCAGCUCCUCGUCCCUCACCUGGGCCGCCACGCCGCCGCGCCGCUCCGUGCCGACGUUCCGCAGCGCCGUCACGCCGCCGCCGCGGGCACCCGCUCGCCGCUCCAGCAGCGCUGCCACCGGCCUCGCUAUGUCGCCCGAGCCGACAUCGCCCCGCACGCGCUCCUCCUUCACGUUCGAGGGCGCCACGCCGCAGCCAGAACGCCGGCGGAGCGUCGCAUCGCCGCCGCAGCCACAGCCUCCGCCGCUCUCGCCGCUGCCUCGGCCGCCGGCCGUGGCGCGCAGCCGCAGCCACGACGCAGACAGCUCGCGCGGCACGGCAGAGCAGGUGCAGUCGGUGCUCUCGCAGCUCACAGGCGGCGAGCGGCCGCGCAACGAGGCACAGCUCAUCGCCAGCCUGCACACGCUCGCGCGGCCAUCGCAGCCGCGCAGCCGCACAACGAGCACGGCCAGCACGCACUCGGAGGCGAGCACGAGCAGCAAGGCCAGCGCCGCCAGCCAGACGCUGCUCACCUGGGGCGAUGCGCUGAGCCGCGCCAGCACCAGCACGCGCACGCGCAGCGGCACGGUGAGCAGCAACAGCACCGGCGGCGGCCCCAAGCGGCGAGCCAGCGACACGCCCACACGCAGCUCCACCUCGCACCAUGCUGCGCGCGACAACUUCGGGCGCGCCCUCUCCAGCGGCACGCUGCCCCGUGCGCCCUCGAACGGCGGCCCUGACUCGAGCGCCAGCACGCCGGAGGGCGCGCUGGGCCGUCUUGCGCUCCCGUCGGACGCCGCGCGGCAGAGACGCGGGUCAGCCUCUGCAGCCGUGGGCCAUGCGGAGGAGGACCUCGAGGAGGUGCUCGAGUCGCUGAAUGGGCAUGGCGAGAUCGAGAUGGAGCGGCGUGCCUCGCUGCCGGCCUCACAGCUCGCGCCCGCCCCACUGCUGCUCCCGGCACCGAAUGCCGCAGCGACGGCUCGGCAGCUGCGCGAUGCGCAAAACGAGAUUGCGGCGCUGCGGGCGGGUCUGAAGUGGGCGCUGGACAAGAACGACGAACAGUCGGCCAAGCUCAAGUCACCUCCGCCAUUCUCCUUUGCGCCGUCCGAGGCCUUCCCAGUCACACAGACCGACGGCGUGCAUACAUGGGUGUCGGCAAGCCGCAAGAACUCGCUCGUCCCGCCAGAUGGGCAGCCGCCCUCCAGGCCGCGGUCGCGUGCGCGCUCGAUCCUCAAGGCUCUGCGGCCAGCGCGCGAGCCCCGUGUGCCAGCUCUGCGUCUGGCGAAUGCAGCGCCGGCCGCGGGAUCCGAGACGCUCAACGCAGACGCCCUCGCGCUUGCCUUUGGUUCGCCAAGCCCUUUCGCUGGCGUCUCCACGCCUUCGAACAGGCUGUCGGCUUUCAACUCGCAGCGCUCCAAGGCGACGCCAGCACCGACCUUGCCUCGCUCGCUGCGCGUCUGUGGGAGUCGGCCGAGGCUCGCACCGACGAGGACAGUCUCUCGGCAACGCAAGGCGACGCCUCGGCAGACCUCUUCUCCGACAGCGUCUCCUCCUUCCACAGCGCAGACGGCGUCUCUGAUAUCGAGGUCUCCUCGCCAUCACCACGCGGUCGUGGCCUCUCGCUGGACGGUGCCUUGCUCGACAAGCGUGCCAGUCGCGGCGAGAUGCCCGAGGACCGCGCAGAGAGCGUCAUUGGCCUGCUGCGUCGCGGCAGUCUACAGGCGCAUGCUGCACAGCUGCGCCGGCUCUCGCGCACAUCCAACAGCUCAUCGGGUCACGAGGCUGCUGCGCCUAUCCCGAAGAGGCGGCCAGAGCCCAGCUCGCCGCUCCCGCCGCCACCGCCGGGCGCUUUUCCGAACCAACAGUCGAUGCUUCUUUCACCGCACGGCACCUCUGCGAUCUUCGAGGCCCAGCCGCCACAUGCCGAGCAGGCCGAGCCCGAGAUCCACGUGCCCUCGACAGACGCAGAUACCCCGGAUGCGCCUCCUGCUCCGACCCAACAGCCUCCUGCCCCGCUCGCACUUGCUGCAUCUGCUUCCUCUGCAUCCCUUGCUGCCCCUGCACCCGCCUCUGCGCCUGCCGCCCUCGCAAAUACCUCGCUUGCGCCCCUGCACGCAUCAGACCAACCAUACCCAGCAUCGGAAGCCUCGGCCGGCCGGCCGAGCAUGUCACCUUCUCCGUCACCAUCCAUUCCGCGCCGGAUGGCCUCGUCGACGUGGCCGAAGCCCCCCUCCGACGCGCCGCCUUCGCCACGAGCCCUCGAGUCGGCCAUGUCGGCCUAUGGCACUCCCGCUGCGCCUUCUCCGAGCUCAGAGACAGGUCGUCUCGACGCUGCCGCUGCUGAGGCAGACGAGGUGGUGCCGGCCUAUCGUCCUGGCGUGCCCGGCCGUCGUGCCUCACUCCUCCUCGAGACUGCCUCUGCGCUGGCCGAUGAGGAUCAGCAUGGCCCGCUCGAGCCGCGCACCCGCUCGGCGGGCUCUCAGCGGCGCCGACGUCGUCACGUCGAGCGCACCGGCAGCCGAGCUAGCGACAGUCCGCAGAGCAGCAUCGUGGGCGUCGAGAGCGCGGCCGGCAGCGUCCGCGGCAGCGUGAUAGGGCCGCAGCCGCCACUGGCGCGUCUCGGCAGCCGCACCAGCAUCUCGUCGUCGCGCUCGCGCCACUCGGGCUCGACGAGCAGCAUCGUCGCCGGCUCGCGCAGCUGGGCGCCGCCGUCGAUCGCCUCGAGCGGCAGCAGCGGCAGCGCCGAGGCCAUCGCUGCCCGUUCGCCCAACUCGGCGCCGG